CCAAAGUUCAUACUAGAUAAUGAGGAUUCUGCAUCGUCACGUAACUAUUUCCAGCACCUAACAUGCAACGUAACAAACAAUCAAUUAACACACUCAUCGAAUUAUAUUCAACAAUUAUCGUACUCAUAGUUUAAUUCCUCUGCGAUAUCUUCAAACUAAUCUUGUUGAUAAAUUCUAUAGUUAGAUAUCGCACUUAUGUCAUACGUCAGUGUUGUUGUGAAGUGACAGGACCAUGACGUUAAAAAAGGUUAAUCCGGAUUUGCAAAAAGAGAGAGCGACUUGUACGUUCAAUGUUGAAGAGUUGACUAACAUUUUGGAUACUGGAGUCGAAUACACAACAGAAAGGAGGGCUCUAGAGGAUCUGGUGUUUAGUGUGAAAGAACUCAAAGAUGACAUUCCAGAAGAGUUUAUGAGCCACAAGCAGAAAUAUGAGAAUGCGAUUCGUAAAGCCGUUUUACUCCAUAAAGUCUUGAAUAGCGGCAAUUCUAUUGAAAACUUUUAUGAGAGGAAAGAUAAAUCGGGUUUCCGAAGAACAAUCGGUUCAGCAAUCUUUAAAGAUGGGUCACCAUUCAUGCUACAUUCCGCCAUGUUCAUUCCGACCCUGUUGGGGCAGGCUGAUGAGGAGCAAAAGAAAGUUUGGUACACGAGAGCAAAGAACAUGGAAAUCAUCGGGACAUACGCGCAGACGGAACUCGGACAUGGAACGUUUAUACGUGGUCUCGAAACAGAAGCUACAUACGACGAACAGACCGAAGAGUUUAUUUUACACAGCCCCACUUUGACGUCUUACAAAUGGUGGCCUGGUGGUUUGGGCCAAACAUCGAACUACUGUAUUGUAAUGGCUCAGCUGAAGAUUAAAGGAAAAUCUUACGGAAUGCAGCCCUUUAUUGUUCAAAUACGAGAUGAGGAGAAUCAUAUGCCAAUGCCAGGUGUGAAAGUUGGCGAGAUCGGUGCGAAGCUUGGCUUUAACACAGUCAAUAACGGUUACCUUGGCUUUGACAAUGUCAGAAUACCGAGACGAAAUAUGCUGAUGAAGAACUCGCAAGUUUUGAAGGAUGGGACGUUCAAAUCGGCUCCCAACAGUAAGCUGGCUUACGGCACGAUGGUGAUGGUACGCGUCACCAUCGUCAACACGACUGCCGGUUGCCUCUCCCGCGCUGUCACUAUUGCUAUGAGAUACUCUGCGGUUAGACACCAGUCGCAAUUGAAAGCAAAUGAGCCGGAACCCCAAAUCCUGGACUACGUGACACAACAGCACAAACUCUUCAUUGGAAUUGCAACCAGCUACGCGUACACCUUCUCCUCCUAUUGGCUUUGGGAUCUUUACUCGAAGUACAUUCAAGAAAUGGGUGAUGGAAACUACGAGAGAUUACCUGAGCUCCACGCCCUAGCGUGUGUCAUGAAGGUAAUCAGUUCAUCCGACUGCACAGCGCUGAUAGAGAAAUGUAGGUUGUCAUGUGGUGGGCACGGCUUCAUGCUGUCAUCCAACCUGCCGCAGAUAUAUGGACUUUCGACUGCCACCUGCACUUAUGAAGGCGAAAACACAGUAUUGCUGUUGCAAACUGCAAGGUCGCUGGUGAAAGCUUGGAAUGAUGCGUCAAAGGGUGGCAAAUUGAGACCUACCAUGGCAUAUCUAGCAGACCCUUCGCCAGCUGCCGAAUGGGACACCUCUUUAGAUGGAAUUAUUAAGGCUUUCCAGAAAGUUUCUGUUGGAAAGCUGUCGUCGAGUGUAUCGAGUCUAACGCAGUAUGCUGCCAGUGGGAUGAGCCCUGAAGAGGCUUGGAAUAAAGCCUCCGUCCAGCUUAUUGCUGCUGCUGAGGCAUUCGGUCGAGCAGUAGUUCUAUCCGUGUUCAAGAGCGAAGUAGAGAAAUACGUUGAAACAGCGUCACAAGGAGUCAGAAGCGUCCUCUUCGAUUUGGUCGAGUUAUACUUCACGCACAUGGUGCUGGACAAAAUGGGAGACUUGUUAUUGUACACCAAGUUGACGGGGAAAGAUGUUCAUCUUUUACAAAGAAAAUACGAGGACCUAUUAGAGAAAAUUCGCCCCAAUGCUAUUGGGUUAGUGGAUGCUUUCGACUACAGGGAUGAGGUGCUAAAUUCAGCUCUGGGUGCAUAUGACGGCAUGGCAUAUGAGCGCCUGAUGGCCGAAGCUGCCAAGAGCCCACUGAACGCGGAGCCUGUGAAUGGUACCUACCACAAAUAUCUGAAACCACUUAUGAAAGGGAAAUUGUAAAAACAGACAAAAACAAAAUGCAAUCAUAAUAAAGAGGAAUUAAAGCACACAAUUGGCAAAAAAGAAAAAUUCGAUCAAGUGGUGGUUUUUGUUAUUUCUCAAUUUGAUGUUAUUGCAUGCUAUGAAACUAAAUGUUAAUAUUAAAAGAGAGAAUAUUUAACGAAAAGGGAUUUCUCAACAUAAUACGUAGACAGACAUUAUAAAAAGCUAUGCGUUAAAAUGCAAACAAAUGUAUGGAUCACAAUUUAAGCUUGCAAUCUCGGGAGUUAAACAAAUAUUAAUAUAAUCUUUGCUUUAAUUUAUACAUCAAUUUGCGCAUUUGAACAUUGAUUGUAAAAUGACGUAGUUUUAAAUUUAUAUGAAGAAGUUAUGCCAAAUAUAUAUAUUUAGAUAAUACUCAACGAUUGGGUAAUUUCCUUAAAAUCUCCGGUUGUUGUUACAAGCUUUUUCCUUGGGCCAAUAUUUUGUACUUUAUUAGUUAUAUUUUAAAAACUAAAAUGAAUGGUUUUCGUUAUAGACAAAAUAAUAUAUUUUUACGGUGUUUGUGUUAACUGUAAUGGUUUUAUUAUGUGCAAUAAACAGUAAAGGGCAAAUAUAGAGAAAUAUGAUAU